GACAGAAACACAUGCACCUGCAGCAGUGCGCGUUUGUGUGUGUGUGUGUGUGUGUGUGUGUGAAAGACGCAAACGCACAGUGCUUCAGACCGAGCAGGGAUGGAGGAUUUUGUGGAUAUCCUGGAGGAGAGGAGGCGCAGCUGUGACCUCGGCCAUGCCCUCAGGACCUUUAACCCCCACCCCUACCAAGGAGCGUCCCCCUGCUCCACGGCUGAGCUCAACAAAGCCGUGCUGGAGUCCCAGUAUCUACGCUACGUGACUGAAGAGAUUGCCACAGAGACGAGGUCGUCGGUGGUGGAGGUGAGGGAAGAGGCUUGCAGGCUUUUGGAAGAAAUGUCUCACAACCUGCAGCUGGGCUUUAUCCGGCUGAUGGGCUACACCCUCACCAAGGUGGCCAAGAGGCUCUUCAGCAGCAUCUACGUCAACAUGGAGGGCCUCAGCAGGCUCCAAAAAGCCAUCCAGGAGACGCCUGUCAUCCUGAUGCCCAAUCACAAGAGCUACAUGGACUUCUUAAUCAUCUCCUACAUCAUGUUCACCUACGACAUCCCUAUUCCUGUUAUCGCUGCAGGAAUUCCUCUUGCAGGGAUGAAGAUGGUGGGAGAGAUACUGCGUCGCUCUGGGGCGUUUUUCAUCCGCCGCGCCAUCGGCUCUGACAAACUGUACUGGGCAGUGCUGUCGGAAUAUGUCAAAACCAUUGUCAGGAAAGGAUUCGCUCCCAUGGAGUUUUAUGUGGAAGGGUUGAGGAGUCGCACGCUGAAGUCGCUGACGCCGAAGUUAGGUAUGAUGCACAUGGUGCUGGAUCCCUACUUUAAGAGUGAGGUGUUUGACAUCACGCUGGUGCCCAUCAGCAUCAGCUACGACAGGGUGCUGGAGGAGUCGCUGCUCGCCCAUGAGUUGCUGGGUGUCCCCAAGCCCAAAGAAAGCACUACAGGUCUGCUGAAGGCCACCAAAGUGCUCCAGGAAGAUUACGGCACCAUGCAUGUGAACUUUGGCCGUCCGCUGUCAGUCAGACAGAUGUGUGAGGGCAAGAUCAACCGCUGCCAGUACAACCUCACACCCAGGGAUCUUCCUCAGAAGCCCACUGCGGAGGCUCAGGCCUGUGUGAGCUGGCUGGCUCAUCUCAUGGUGCAAGUCCAAGAAGAGGGCUCUGUGAUCAGCCCGUGGUCUCUGAUGGCCUGCCUGUUGCUCCAGGCUCCGAUCACAGUGCUAACUGAGGAGGGUCUGCUGUGGCAUCAGCUCACUGAACAAACCCUCUGGCUCAGGAAGCUGGCGCUGGACCUCGGAGCUCGUCUGAACUGGCCUGCACAAACUCCUGACCUGGACGUGAUGUCAUCCGCCGUGGCCCUCCACUGCUCCACAGUUCACCGGAAAGCGGGGCGAGUCUACCUGGUUCAGGAGAAAGAGCCGGUGAGGAGGCAUCCAAUCAGCCCACAGGAGAGUGUGAUGAGGACGGCGUCUGGGGUGCUGAUGCUGGCCUCCUACAGGAAUCAGGCGCUGCACGUAUUUGUGCGUCCAGCCCUGCUCGCCACGGCCAUGCACAUCACAAAGAGCACACAGAGAGACGAGCUCUUCGCCUUCUUCUGCUUCCUACAGGACCUCUUCUCCUACGAGUUCAUCUCCAUCCCGGGCGAGUUGUCUCAGGACUUUGAGAAGGCGUGCUCCCUCCUGAAGAAAUGUGGAGCCGCCCACAUCAACCAGCAGGAAGUGACGCUUUCAGAUACGGGGGAGGAGACGAUAUCGUUCCUGCGGGCUCUCAUACAACCCUUCAUGGAUUCAUACCAGGCGAUGCUCAGGUACCUCUCUGAAGAAGGCGCUCACAUGCUCACAGAGAAACAGUUCCUACCUGCUGUGAGAAACCUGGCUACCAGGCUCAUCCUCUCAGGUGAGCUGGACACCUAUGAGGCCCUCUCAUCAGACACGCAGAAAAACGUUUUGAUGGCCCUGCAGCGGCUGCAGGCUGUGACAAAGUCCAGGGCCUCCGAGCAGAACGAAUUGAAAGUGAACAAAGCUGCCGUCAGAAGAAUUGAAGACGUACUUUCUGGGAAAAUCCCUCCCCAGAUGCUCCAGACGACACCUGACGCAAGACUUUAGUCUCCUUUUGGAACGGAUCCAUCCUCGGGAAUCAGCCCACGGUCCUAUUUACCCCUGCUUGACCCUUUUCACCCUUUCUGUCUUCACAUCUUUCUUCCUCCUUGUCUUCCCUCUGGGUCUUUCAUGCAACAGACGAAAUAUACUUCAUCCUGCAACUUGGCUGCUUUCCGACUCUGUCUCUGGGAACUUUUUCUCAUCCUUUACAUAUCUUAAAGAACAGAGCUAAGAUAAAACGCAAGAGUGAUAUUAUUGCUGAUUUUUUAAGGCUAUAAUCAGAAAGUAAUUUUUUAGGAGAGAAGUGUUUUUCUGGGCUUCUAACUGUGAAACAAGCAAUGAGGACACCUGUGGAUUUCAAUACUGAAUUAAUAACUUAUACUUGUUUAAUAUAUUUGAAAGAUUCUGUCCUUGAUUGAUUAUUAAAUGACAUGCUGACAUGGUAAGUGAAGUUAGAUAGUGAAAACUCAACUAUGACCAAUGUCCAUAGCGAUAAAGGUUUAAUUACAACAACGAUGUCGAAUCACUUUGUUUGAGACGUUUAUUUUA